CAGUACCCAAGCGCCUUUGCGGUUCUUAGCUCUCGAAACGUGCCUCGAGUUGUUUGAGUAAGGCGUCGUUAGUGUUGCACAUCCGGAAGGACAGUAUCGUUUAUAAAGAGAAAGAUCCUGGGCUUUGUGCUUUUUUUGUAUGCGUGAAGGGUGCAGAUGGAAUCGGGGGCGGGGCCGAUGCGGGUGCUGGUGACAGGCGGGACCGGCCUGGUGGGCCGGGCGAUCGAGCGCGUGGUGAGCGAGGAGGGCGGGGCUCGGGACGGCGAGCGGUGGACGUUCCUCUCCUCGCGGGACGCCGACCUGACCGAUGCGGCGGAGACGCGGGCCGUGUUCGAGAAGCACCGCCCCACCCACGUGAUCCACCUGGCGGCCAUGGUGGGGGGGCUGUUCCGGAACAUGCGCCAGAACCUGGACUUCUGGAGGAACAACGUUCACAUCAAUGACAACGUGCUGCAGACGGCUCACGAGAUGGGCGUGGUCAAGGUGGUGUCCUGCCUGUCCACCUGCAUCUUCCCCGACAAGACCACCUACCCGAUCGAUGAGAGCAUGAUCCACAAUGGCCCCCCUCACCAAUCUAACUUCGGGUACUCCUACGCCAAGAGGAUGAUUGACGUGCAGAACAGGGGGUAUUUUCAGCAGUAUGGCCGUCGGUUCACGGCUGUAAUUCCCACCAAUGUGUUUGGUCCCCAUGACAACUUCAACAUCGCUGACGGGCACGUGCUUCCUGGACUCAUACACAAGGCCUACACCGCACAAAAGCAGGGGUCCCCUCUGCAGGUCUGGGGGUCUGGCACCCCAAGAAGGCAGUUCAUCUACUCUCUGGACCUGGCUCGUCUGUUCCUCUGGGUGCUCAGAGAAUACGAUGAGAUCGACCCUAUAAUACUGUCAGUGGGGGAAGAGGAUGAGGUCUCUAUAAAGGAAGCUGCGGAGUGUGUCGUCGACGCUCUCGGUUUCAAAGGCCAGAUUGUUGUAUCCUUUCAAAAGUGGAACACACACACACUCACACACACACACACCCACACACACACACACACACAAAACACACACACACACACACACACCACACACCACACACACACACACACACACACACACACACACACACACACACACACACACACACACACACACACCACACACACACACACCACACGCACACCACACACACACACACACCACACCACACACACACACACACCACACACACACACACACACACACACACACACACACACACACACACACACACACACACACACACACACACACACACACACACACACACACACACACACGACCACACACACACACACCACACACUCACACCCCUGCAGCUCCUCCCAACUCGGGCAGCUGCACAGCACGCACAACGGCACAGCAGUCAGAGCUCCCGAGUUCCCCUUCACGCCUUCUCCCAAGGUCAGAGCUCCCCGAGUUCCCCUUCACGCCCUUUCCCAGGUCAGAGCUCCCGAGUUCCCUUCACGCCCUUCUCCCAUGGUCAGAGCUCCCGAGUUCCCCUUCACGCCCUUCUCCCAAGGUCAGAGCUCCCGAGUUCCCCUUCACGCCCUUCUCCCAAGGUCAGAGCUCCCCGAGUUCCCCUUCACGCCCUUCUCCCAAGGUCAGAGCUCCCGAGUUCCCCUUCACGCCCUUCUCCCAAGGUCAGAGCUCCCCGAGUUCCCCUUCACGCCCUUCUCCCAAGCUGUCAAGGAGACCUGCGAUUGGUUUGUCGCCAACUAUGACACGGCCCGCAAGUGAAGGUCCUGUCGCCCGAUUGGACGGCGUCGGUGGGUUAGGAGGACGGAGGCGGGACUCUCCAGUACCACAGAAGAAGAGCGAAGGACAGAAUGUGACAAACGGAAUGGAGGUUCGGGAAACGCGGAAUGAAGCACCUGCGAGCGGAAACCAUCGUGCUAGACCAGGGAUGUCCAGCUCAAGCUUUGGUGGCUCAUUCCAACCGCUUGUUUUACCUCCUUGCGUCCUUUCCUUGCUUCCUUACCUCCACCCAAACGGAGGACGCAAGGAAAGGACGCGAGGACGGAUGAAUUGAAGAAACGUGCACUAGGCAAACGGUCAGUCGAGCGUCGGUUUGGAGCCACGUCAGUUACAGAUGGAGAGAGGUGUAUCCGCAGGUUCAAACAAUUAUACGUCUCUCGGUCCGAAAUAAAUACUUCCACAAAGGAGGUUUCCUUCCUCAAGCAUCUUUGGGAGCCUCUCCCUCCCUCAAGGAGCAUUUAACGGGUUAUAAGGUCCUUAUAGAUGGACCUCAAUCGAUUGCCAGGUCAAUCAAGGACCAAGGAGAUGAGGUCGGAUAAAAUAAGCGAUUAGAAUGAGCCCCUAGAGGGACUCAGAUACCCACAGGUGUCCAUCAACAGCUCAUAUAGGCUUUGGAAACAAGCUUUGUGGACUUUAUUAAACUUGAAUGAAGCACUUUAGUGCUGAAAUACGCUGGUCCUCCAGCACUGGAGUCUGACCCCCGUGGUCGGUGGUUUGAAAAGACCUGCGAAGCUCUCGGUAAUUAAGCGGCCAUUUUGGCUCCUCUGUCAUCCUGGCGUUCCAUGUUGGCUCCAAUCCAUCCCCACCUUUGACACUAAACUGACAAUCUUCACACUGUGCACAUUCAGAAUGUGCUACUGCUUCAGGGAUAAUGGGUGUGCUAAAUGCAUUUUUUUAUUUUUUAUUUGUGCUUUCAGUCAAAAUCGGUGUAAUGUUCCUAGGGGUGUUGAUUAAUAGUAUUGAAGAGUAGAAGUAAAGAUUCUAGUAAUGUG